AUGUCCGACUACACCCAACCCCCCAACACCAAUGCUGCCCGCCACGGCGAAGACAGCAAAAUCAACCCGCCUUCAUCUCACCAGGCCCUCCCCAACCACCGUGCCCAAGCGCUCCAAUCCGCAUCGCCCGACCUCCGCGCCUGGGCCGAAGCAAAACAAAUGCACAACCCCGGCCAAGACGGGUCCUUCGCCACGGGCCAGAUAUCCAUGGGCACCGGCGCCGUGUCCGGGGGUCCCGUGUUUCUGCCUCGCCGGGAUGACACACCGUUGCCGCCCGAUGAGCUGUUGGGCUUGAAAGGAACCGCGUUCCAUGUGGGAAGUGACGCGGAGAAAGCGAAGAAGGAGCAGAAGGAGAGGGAGAAGACGGAGCGUAGGGGGAUCUUUGGUCAACAUGGGAAGGAGGAGGGGGAGCAUGCUGGGGGUGAUGGGAAGAGGGGGAGUUUGGCGGGGUUGUUCCAUCAUCAUCAGCAUGAAAAGGAUGCCGGGGGGAAAGAGGCUGGGAAGGGUGCAGAUAGCGACACCGUUCGGUAG